AUGAAUAGGUCAAGUCGUGAGAAUGUCAAUUUACAAAUGCGAACACCAUCGAACCGAAUUAAUGCAAAAAAGUAUCGAUUUAGUUCAGUGAUUGUCAAUCAUCAAUUGAAAGUUUCUGAUCAUCAGCAAAUUCCUCCUUCAAACUUCGAAAUCAAUGACACAUCUAGUGAAGUGAAAAUCAACCAAUCCACAUUCUUCCAUCCAACUACAUUGGACGAAUUAUUCCAUGAAUUGACAGCGUGUCAGCGAAAACAAACACUCUUAAUCGAACGAAUUCAUGAGCAACUGAAAUCUUCUCAUUCGGCGACGUUUUUCCUGCCAUUUGAUUCUUUAUCUAAUAGUAAAACGGUUCCUUCGUUGCAAGAUGCCUUUCAACAACAUAAAUCUUCUUUUAUUCAACAAUCAAACGAACGUAUCAGUGAAAUUCACCGUCAUAGAACGAAAUCGCAUCAGAGAAUCAUCCCACCAGUCAAACGAACGAGCAAUACGUAUUUACAAGAAAAACGACAGUAUGAAAAUGAUCGUCUAUGUGCAAUGAUAAUCAAACAUCAAAAUCGACAGAGUGCGAAAAUCUAUGGAGAUUUAGUUCGACAUAAAUUAUAUGACAAUUGA